CCCCAUUUUCUUCACCUUUUCCAUGUGUUUUCCCUCAUUUUCCUGCGAACCAAACAGAUGAUAGACUUUGAAGGAUAAAUAAUGCAUGUGUGAGUCUUAUAACAAUUCCACAAGCCUUUUACCCCUUCAUUUUCUCGGUAACCAAACAGAGAAGGAAGCUUUGACUGGAGAAAAUUCUGAUACUACAUCAAAUGUUACCCAUACCCACCAAGUCCAACCACUGUCUUCUUCCUCGGAUCCCUUCUUUGAGGUCAAGAAAGAUGAUCUCAGAAGCCUUUGAGAAUGAUAUAGAAGUAAGCACCAACUAACCAUUUUCUCUCUCUUAAAGUCAUUUUGCUUUUUCGUCAUUUUCCUGAGAACCAACCAGAGUGUGAAGUACAAGGAGAAAAAGAAAACGUUUUUGUUAUCUUCUGUAGUGACCCUUUUCAAGCUGUUUGAUAUUCCAACAAUGGCCGAAAUAUCAGAUACCAUCAUCGAGGAAAGAGAGGAGUUGAUGAUUUCACCCACAGGUGAUAGCGACCCAAUUAAAAGAAAAGCCCACUUUCUUAACCCCUCUGUAAACCCUGCUCAAGGACCAGAAUUUGGGCUUCCUUUUCUUCCUAUUCCACCCAAAUCCACCAUUCCUGAGAUCGAGAAAUUGCCUUUGAUUGUAAAGUACAGAGGUCGGCGAUUCCCGCAAAACAACUGGAAAGAAUGGGUGGAUAGCUUGCAUUCCAAGCAUCAAUCCACAUGGAAGAAAGCUGGUAUAUAUGAGGCAAUAUUGAGUUCCACAUGCCAAAUCCUAAGGCACAAUGAGUUGAUUGUUAAUGUUGCUGAGAGAUGGCGUCCUGAGACCAAUACCUUUCUCUUUCCUUGGGCUGAAGCAACAAUCACGUUGGAGGAUAUGAUGAUUUUGGGGGGUUACUCUGUUUUAGGGGACUCUAUUUCAAAGCCCCUUGAAACCAAUGAUUUGUGGGAAAUGAAAUCUAGCUUGACAGAAGCUCAUAAACAACUUCCAGUAGCAAGUCAUGCUGCAUGGAUGAACUAUUUCAUGGGGACUGACCAAGAUCUCGAGCAUGAAGCGUUUCUGGUGCUAUGGCUAUCAAGAUGUGUGACAAAUGAGGAUAAAGGAGACAGAUUGGUGCUUGACCUUUGGGCCCCAUUUGAGCUUGUGCAGCUUUGGAUUUGGGAGAGAUUCCCAGCAUUAAGGCCAACACCAAAUUUGAUCAAAGAUGGUGAGCCAAGAGUGGCUCGGUGGCAUAAAGUGAAGAAGUUGAAUAUUGGGAAGGUGAGAUUUGUCAUAGACUCUGAAGAAGGAGAUGGCUUUCAGUGGCGGCCUUAUGCUGCAGGCUUGGAGAACUGGUUGCCUCCAAAGCUCUAUAGAGAUGAAGAAGAAGAGUGGGUGUCUAUUGGUCCUGAUUUGGAUGAAGAAGUUGCUUCAUUUGCACGAUGCUUGAGGGUAAGCGAGCUGGUUGGACAAAAGUGCAUAGAGCAAUACCUUCCACACAGAGUGGCCAUGCAAUUUGGCAUGGAUCAAGAUAUUCCGGGAUUUGUUCCUCGAUUCAAUAUGAAUGUUGAAGCUGCUUGGAGCUAUUACUGUAGGCCAAUUACAGAUAAACAGUUAUAUUUACCAGCCAGACUCUUUGAGUCAGAUGUUACCGAACGAUACUUGAAGUGGUGGAAGCAAUCAAUGGUUGUUCAGGAAGAUGCAAUCAAGCACUUUGCUAGGCGGCCUAGAAAUAGAAGAAGAUUUGGCCGAAUCUAUGGUGGAAAUGUGGAAGAUUCCCAUGUCUCUGUUCCUCAUGGUUUUCCUCCUGAAAAGAAAACCAUCAAGGAAGCUGAGCAUACAACACUCUUUGGGGCUUUGAGUGCAACUAACAAUCUUGAGAACAAACUGGCUACUGAUGUUAUGGCUUUCUCAGGCUCCAAUUCACAAAGUACAUCACAUUCAAUGGCAGAUGAUGGAGGAAGAUUGCCCCGAAUCUAUGCUGGAAAGGUGGAUUACCAUGUCUCUGUUCCUCCUGGUUUUCCCCCGAAAUGCCAUAAAGUAGACGAAAAGAAAAUCAUCAAGGAAGAAGCUGAGCCUACACCCUUUGGAGCUUUGAGUGCACCUAACAAUCUUGAGAACAAACUGGCUGCUGAUAAGCCUUUCUCAGGAUCUAAUUCACAAAGUAUGUCCCAUUCAAUGGCAGAUGAUGGAGGAAGAUUGCCCGGAAUCUAUGCUGGAAAGGUGGAAGAUUACCAUGUCUCUGUUCCUCCUGGUUUUCCCCCGACAUACCGUAAAGUCGACGAAAAGAAAACCAUCGAGGAAGAAGCUGAGCAUGCACCCUUUGGAGCUUUGAGUGCACCUAACAAUCUUGAGAACAAAUUGGCUACUGAUGUUAUGCCUUUCUCAGGCUCUAGUUCACAAAUUAGAUCACAUUCAAUGUCAGGUGAUGGAGAAAGAUUGCCCCGAAUCUAUGGUGGAAAGGUGGACGAUUCCCAUGUAUCUGUUCCUCCUGGUUUUCCUCCGAAAUGCCAGAAAGUCGACGAAAUGAAAACCAUCAAGGAAGAAGCUGAACAUGCACCCUUUGGAGCUUUGAGUGCACCUAACAAUCUUGAGAACAAAUUGGCUACUGAUGUUAAGCAUUUUUCAAGCUCUAAUUCACAAAUUAGAUCACAUUCAAUGUCAGGUGAUGGAGAAAGAUUGCCCCGAAUCUACGGUGGAAAGGUGGACGAUUCCCAUGUAUCUGUUCCUCCUGGUUUUCCUCCGAAAUGCCAGAAAGUCGACGAAAUGAAAACCAUCAAGGAAGAAGCUGAACAUGCACCCUUUGGAGCUUUGAGUGCACCUAACAAUCUUGAGAACAAACUGGCUGCUGAUGUUAAGCCUUUCUCAGGCUCUAACUCACAAAAUAUAUCACAUUCAAUGGCAGAUGAUGGAGCUGCUAAAAAGGACUUGCUGAUGAGACCAAUGCCAGAGAUUUUGCAGACUCGAGUUUCAAUGCCUGAUCUGGCUGAUGCAACUGUGAUUGAAAUGGGAUGUCCAUCCAACGCUGUGGUGCAUGUCAAAGACAAUGAUGGAGAAAGCAGUAGCUAUUGCAAACCUGAGAUACCAGGAUUGGAACUUGAGGUUCGGGUAAGUAGGCUUGAGAGAGUAUUUGCUGAGCUAAAAGCGGCAAGAUAUGGUCGCAAGGUUGUGAACAAGCCCACCAAGGAGGAUCCAUAUCAGCACUAAGCAAAGCUUGAACCGAAGUACAUAAAUUGCUAAUGCUUCGAAGUAGAACUAUUUUGUUAGGUGUCUUUACAGUUUUCUUUCACAUGGAACUGAUCAGGCAAUGUAACAAUUGUAAUCCUUCUCUGACAAUUACUUCUAGAACAACUCAUGUCUGAAUGCUUUUGUUUCACCGAAUUUUGUUUAUGGUUUAGAGGGUGCUGAUUAUAGCUGAAAGUUGUUGCUUGUGAAGU